AUGUCACAGGAGGCACACAUUCUCCAGCCAAAAGGCCAGCAAGAAGAGUUUGUGGAAACCAUUGAAUUCUCCCAACCAUCUGCAGCCCCUCACACCGACAAUGACCAAAAGAAUCAGAUCCAAGGAGACCAGGCUCUUCAACUCAUCCAAGAAGCAGGCCACUCAACUAUUCUUACUCCUGAGAACAACGCCAAAGUCCUUCGAAAGAUCGAUCUGCGUCUGCUCCCCAUUCUGCUGGGAAUCUACUUUCUCCAGCAACUUGACAAGUCAACAAUCUCCUAUGCCUCGAUCUUCGGCAUCGUCGAAAAGGCCCAUCUCCAUGGCCACCAGUACUCCUGGCUAGGAGCCUCGAUUUAUCUGGCCCAGUUGGUGUUCCAGCCCCUUGUCGCCUACUUGUUGGUCAAGGUACCUCUGGGCAAGUUCCUGGCCGUGUCAUGUCUUCUUUGGGGUAUUGCUCUAUCUUGCAUGACGGCAGCAACCAACUUCGGAGAACUGCUUGCUUGUCGAAUCUUUCUUGGUAUCUUUGAGGCUGGUAUUGCCCCUGCUUUUAUUGCAGUGACUCAGAUGUGGUACCGGCGCCGUGAGCAGCCUGUGAGAUUGAGCUCUUGGUAUGCCAUGAACGGAGUUGUGAAUAUGUUUGGAAGUUUGAUUGCGUACGGACUCGGACACAUCCACUCCCCGAUCUUUGCAUCCUACCAGAUCAUUUUCCUUUUCUUUGGUCUGGUUACCGUUGCGUUCUCAGCUGUCAUUCUUGUGUUCAUGCCUGACUCCCCCGUCUCGGCCAAAUUCCUCCGCGAAGAAGAUAAGCUUCUUGCGAUUGAAAGACAACGGAUGAAUCAACAGGGCGUGGAGAGUCAAGAAUGGAAAUGGGACCACGCAAAGGAAGCAUUCCUGGACCCCAAGUCCUGGUUCUGGUUCGCGCUGAUGUUCUCAAUCUCUGUUCCAAGUGGCGGUAUCACUACCUUCGGUCCAUUGAUUAUCAAAUCCUUCGGUCUAAGCGAAUAUGACACGAUGCUGUUCAACAUUCCGUUUGGAGCCGUUCAGCUUGUCGCCACGAUGGGAGGUGCAUGGCUUGCGACUGUUUGGAAGAUGAAGGGCCCUGUGCUGGCAUUGCUCUGUCUUCCUCCUAUCGCUGGAUGUGUCAUGCUCUUGCAAAUCACGCAUGAUGCUGCCCACAAGGGACCUUUGCUUGCAGGAUACUAUAUUAUUUCUGUGUACCCUGCUAUUACUCCAUUGAUCUACUCAUGGUCCGCCGGAAACACUGCCGGAGAAACCAAGAAGAAGGUUACCACCGGUAUUCUCUACGUUGGACAGUGCGCUGGUAAUGUCCUCGGUCCUAACCUCUAUACCACAACUGAGGCACCACUUUAUCGCCGCGGCCUUCUAUCCAACCUUGCACUUUUCUGUGUAUUGAUACUGCUGACUGGUGCAAACAUGGCAUAUCUCCAUUUCCUAAAUAAGAAACACGAACAGAGACGUGUGGCUGUUGGAAAGAGCGCCAAGAUCGUUGAUCAGUCAAUGCAAGCCGUUCAAGCUGCAUCAGACGACAAAGAAGACCUUCCUACUCAACAAACAGUAGACAAUGCCUGGAAGGACCUAACUGAUUGGCAGAAUGAAGACUUCGUCUAUGUAUUCUAG